UCGUGUUAUAGCUGUGUUAGAUGUCAAGAUAAAAGAGUCGUAUUUUAUUCGCACAACGUAUGUGCGAAUCGAAAUGUAAUUAGUGUACAUACUUUGUUAUAAUAAAUUGUUAAUUAAAAUGACAAUGGCAUGGAAGCAAGUUAAAGAACAUUUAGGAGUAGCCAUUCAUAACUUUGUACAUGGAACUCCUGACUCAAUGCGAUUAACUGUUGGGGAAAUGGUACAGAUAUUAGAAGAAUGUGGAGAUUGGUAUUAUGGACGUAGCAAAUUUAGGGGAACAUGUGGGAUUUUCCCAAAAUCUUAUGUACACAUUCUAAAACAAUCAAUGAAUAUGGACUGUUUAAUACAUGAGAUCACUAACGUUUUAAGAGAGUGGGGACAUCAUUGGAAGCAUUUAUACGUGAUUCACUCUGUGCACUUUAAGACAAUGCAACAACAAAUUUUAGAGUUGAUAGGAUACAGGAGUAAAAUUUUAAGUGGUACAUUAACAGUAGAUGAAUUAAAGGAUAUGAAAAGAUUAGCAACAGCUAAAAUUGAUACUGGUAACCAAUUACUAGGUAUGGAUAUGGUUGUGCGAGAUGAUCAAGGAAAUGUUCUUAAUCCUGAAGAAACAAGUACAAUUCAAUUAUAUUAUCAUCAUGAAACAGCUGCAGAAAGAAUAAGAAAGGCAGCUAAUGAUACAAAACAGAAACCUUCAAAACCUCAAGCACCAGUAUAUUCACAUAUUUUUUUUGUUAGUGUAAGAAAUUUUGUAUGUAAAAUGGCAGAAGAUGUAGAAUUAUUACUGACUUUGUAUGAUGGUAGAGAAAUGAAAGCAAUUACUGAAAAUUAUGUAGUAUCAUGGAGUAAAGAAGGACUUGCCAGAGACAUAGAUCAGUUGCACAAUCUUCGAGUUUUAUUCACAGAUCUUGGCUCUCGAGAUUUAGCCAAGGAUAAAGUUUAUUUAGUUUGUUAUGUGAUUAGAGUAGGAGGUAUGGAAGCUAAAGAUGCUGAUCAUCGCCGUUCAAGUGUAGCACAAACUAAUCAAAAGGUCAAAAAUAUUGAAAAUAUGAGAAGACCAUUUGGUGUAGCAGCAAUGGAUAUUACUUUAUAUAUUAAUGGUAAACUUGAAGGUGAUUCAGAUCAUCAUCAUUUUAUUCCAUUUAUACAAUGUUGUGAGAAAGAAAGUUUAGAUGGUACAUUACGUAGAAUUCUUUCUCAAAAAGAAACAAAUGUUCAGAAAUGUGGUAAUGGAAAUAGUGCCACUUCUGCUGGUGGUCAAGGUUUAUGGACUAGCUUGAAAUUACUUAGAGGAGAUCCAAAGCAAGUACGUGAUGAAAAUCCACAUUUAGUACUUGGCAAUGUUGCAAUUGCAAGAAAAAUGGGCUUUCCGGAAGUUAUUUUACCAGGUGAUGUGAGGAAUGAUUUAUACCUUACAUUAAUUAGUGGUGAAUUCAAUAAGGGAUCCAAGUCUACAGAUAAAAAUGUUGAAGUUACAGUUAAAGUAUGCAAUGAAUUUGGUGUACCAAUACCAGGAGUUAUGACAUUAGGUGGUGGAGCAUUAUCAAUUGAUGAAUAUCAUAGUGUUAUUUAUUAUCAUGAAGAUAAACCUAGGUGGUGUGAAACAUUUAAAAUUGCUGUACCUAUUGAAGAAUUUAAACAGGCUCAUUUGAAAUUUACAUUUAAACAUCGUAGUUCAAAUGAAGCAAAAGAUAAGUCUGAGAAACCUUUUGCCUUAAGUUAUGUUAAAUUGAUGCAACGUAAUGGAACAACAUUACAAGAUAUACAACAUGAAUUACUUGUUUUUAAAUUAGAUCAAAAAAAAUACGAAGAAACAGAUAUCUCAUAUUUAAAAUUACCAUCAACAAGGGGUGAAUUGGUUGAAUUAAAUGUUGAAAAAAAGCCAACAUUAGGAGCUUUCACUUUAAGCAGUAAAGACAGCUUAUUAAUAGCAACUAAUAUUUGUUCAACAAAAUUAACGCAAAAUGUAGACUUAUUGGGUUUACUGAACUGGGCAUCUCACAAUACAGAUUUGAAAGAAUCUUUAACUGCCUUAAUGAAAGUUGAUGGUGAAGAAGUAGUGAAGUUUUUACAGGAUGUUUUAGAUGCUUUAUUUAACAUAUUAAUGAGCAAUUCAGAUAGUGAUAUUUAUGAUGAUAUGGUAUUUGAAUGUUUAUUGUACAUUAUUGGUCUUGUAUCUGAUAGAAAGUAUCAACAUUUUCAACCAGUAAUGGAUUUAUAUAUUUCCGAGAGUUUCUCUGCAACGCUCGCAUAUAAAAAAUUGAUUGCAGUAUUACGUAAACGUAUAGACAAUGCAACUAAUAAUGAUGGUCAAGAGCGAGAUAUAUUGCUUAAAACAAUGAAAAGUCUUCAAUACUGUAUGAGAUUUGUUGUAGAAUCUCGUCUUUUAUUUACUGCGUUAAAUCAAGAUGAAGAGGAGUUUUCUCAAACUUUAACAGAAUUGUUGAGAUCUAUUGUUGAACUUAUGAGGCAUGAAACGGAUAGCACUUUACUAGUUCAAGGAGCAUGCCUUAAAUACUUGCCAACUACUAUACCACAUUUGCUACGAGUUUACAGUGGCAAGCAGUUGAGCACAAUUUUGACUGAUUUACUAAUUACAUUACCAGUAGGAAGAUUAACUAAGCAGAAAAUGAUGACUGUUAAUGAUAUUGUUCAUAGUCCUCUUUUUUUGAAUGCAGAAUGUAGAGCAAUUCUGUUACCUAGAAUUACUGUUUUGGUUCGUGAUUUAUUGGAAGCUAAAGAGGAGGGGCUGUCAAGUACGUCUGGAAAAAGCGUGGCGAAGGUAGCCAGGCUGCUCGGCGAAAAUCGACAUCGACUCAACCAGCAUCGUGGCUAUUCUGAAGAGGUAGAAUUGUGUGUCAAGAUUUUAUCCGAUAUCUUGGAACUAACAUUUAGAAAAGAUAUAGGAAGCACUAUACAGGAUGUGAAGGAAAUUAUGCUUACUGCUUUGCGGACCAUUAUACAAACAGUUAUAUCAAUGGACAGGGAAAAUCCAUUAGUGGGAAAUUUAGUUUCAGUUAUGUUAGCAAUAUUUAGGCAAAUGACACAACAUCAUUAUGAAAUUUAUAUAAAUCACUUUGGAACUAAAUUUGAUUUACUUGAUUUUCUUAUGGAAAUAUUAUUAGUAUUUAAGGAUUUAGUAUCAAAAAGCGUAUUUUCAGGAGAUUGGUGUGAAAUGAUUAUGCUUCAAAAUAGUAUAAUCUUAAAGUCAUUGCGUUAUUUUUCGGGUACUAUUAGAGAUUAUUUCUUUACUGAUUUUGAACAGCAAGCUUGGUCGAACUUUUUUCAUUGUGCAAUUGCAUUUUUGACUCAGCCAGCUCUGCAAUUGGAAACAUUUACACCAUCAAAACGUAAUCGUAUUGUUUCACGUUAUAAUGAUAUGCGCAGAGAAACAGCAUUUGAAAUACGAUCAAUGUGGUUUAAUUUAGGACAAUAUAAAAUAUUGUUUGUUCCUGCAUUAGUUGGAGCAAUAUUAGAAAUGGCAUUAAUUCCAGAAUGUGAAUUAAGAAAAGCAACUAUACCUAUAUUUUUUGAUAUGAUGCAAUGCGAAUUUUAUAGUUCGCGUAUUGUGGAAGGGUAUGGUGAUACAAAACGAGAUCCUGCUCACAUAAAAGCUAAUUUUACAGAAUAUGAAAAUGAAAUGAUUGCAAAAUUAGAUAUAUUGGUUGAGGGUGGGGCAGGAAAUGAACAAUUUCGUUUACUUUGGAUUCAAGUAAUGGGUAAUCUUUGUGAAAAGCACUCAACUAUGCGAGAACAAGGAUUACGCUUUGUUGAUACAGUAGCUAAACUCAUGGAACGUCUAUUACAAUAUCGUGAUAUUAUUCAUGCUGAGUCUCAAGAGCAUAGGAUGUUAUGUAUUGUAAAUUUGCUUGAAUUUUACUCUGAAAUAAAUAGGAAAGAAAUGUAUAUUAGAUAUGUGAACAAACUUUGUGAACUACAUUUAGAGUGUGACAAUUAUACCGAAGCAGCAUAUUCUUUGAAACUUCAUAGUCAAUUACUAGCUUGGAGUGACCAACAAUUACCACCACUUUUAAGAUCGCAUAGAUAUUUAGCGUGUCAAACACAUCGUGAAUUAAAAGAAGCAUUAUACAAUGAUAUGAUCGAAUAUUUUGAUAAGGGUAAGAUGUGGGAAUGUGCACUUGCAGUAUGUAAAGAAUUAGUUGCUCAGUAUGAAGAAGAAACAUUUGAUUACUUACAACUUUCUGUAUUAUUAAGACGCAUGGCCAAAUUUUAUGACUCGAUAGUAAAACAAUUAAGACCGGAGCCUGAAUAUUUUAGAGUUGCUUAUUAUGGUCGCGGUCAUCCAGCAUUUUUACAAAAUAAGGUAUUCAUCUAUCGUGGAAAAGAGUAUGAACGACUUAGUGACUUUUGUUCGCGGACAUUAAAUCAGUUACCAAAUGCAGAACAAAUGAACAAAUUGUCUCCCCCCACAUCAGAAAUGUUAGAAUCCAAUCAUCAGUACGUUCAAAUUAAUAGAGUAGAUCCAUUAAUGGAUGAGAAAAGGCAUCGACUUAGUGGAAAACCUAUAACUGCAGAAGCAGUGUUGAGAUAUCAUCGAGUGAAUGAUGUUCAACGUUUUCGAUUUUCAAGACCAGCACCAAAGAAAGAUUUGACCUCGACUACUGUUAAUUUUGGUGAUAAAGAAAAAGAUUCGAAUACUAUUAUCAAUAAUGAGUUUGCGUCGUUAUGGUUAGAAAGAACAGUACUCGUUACGAGUCAUCCUUUACCGGGCAUUCUUCGAUGUUUUCCUGUUACAUCUAGUGAAACUUAUUUAGUCAGCCCUUUGCGUAAUGCAAUUGAAACAAUGGAAGCUACAAAUACUACAUUAAGAGAUUUGAUCUUAGCACACAGAGCUGAUAAUAAUCUUCCAUUAAAUCCACUUAGUAUGAAACUAAAUGGUAUAUUAGAUCCAGCAGUAAUGGGUGGUAUAGAUAAUUAUGAGAAAGCAUUUCUCAAUUCUGAAUAUCGCAAUUCUCAUCCUGAAGAAAAUUCCGAUCUUUUGAAAUUGGAGGGAUUAAUUGCCGAACAAAUUCCAUUACUGAGUGUUGGUGUUCAGUUACAUAAAAUACGUGCUCCUCCUGAAUUAACUCCAUUUCAUCAGCGUUUGGAACAAUGUUUUGCGUCAAUGCGGAAUCAAGUGGAGGCCAAGUAUGGGAAAAAGACAUGUGAUUUACAAAUUGAAAGUUUAAUUCAACCUGUUACAAUGCGAAGACAUCAAGCAUCACGAGGCGAGAGUCAUCGAUUAUCUGAAUCAAAUAUUAUGAAUGCAGACUGUGGAACUCACUCCAGGGUAUCCUCUCUUACAAGAUCCCAAGUUACAACGUUCAAGUCGUUCGCCUCAUUCAAUUUUAACAACAGUACACCUUCAUCUGGUACUCAAAACAUCAAUUUGUCAAGAAAUUCUUCAAUACGUUCACACAUAUUGUCAACGGCAUCUUUACAAAAGGCAUUAGGAAGUCCAAGUCCAGGAACAAAUAAAAAAAAAGAUUCAAAACGAAGAAAUUCACGUAAGAGUGAUUCAGUUGCAUCAACAAAAAGUGAUCAACCAACAAGUCAGUGGUAUACUACAACAGAUGUACCACAAAUUACAUCAACACCUGUCACUCCAUUAAUGUCCAGUUUUCCUACUACUCCAAUAUUCGAACUUCGUCAAGAGCUAACACCUAAACGUCCAUUGAGAUCAGAAGUAGAAAAAGAAAGAAGAAUAAGUAAUCGCUUGUCUGGACAAUCUCAACAUUAUUUAAGAAAUAUAAACAAUGGAAUGGAUUCUAGUAGUUUAGGGAAAGGAAAUAGGGAUAGUUUUGGUACUACAGAUAGUACAGCAUCUGAGGAUGAUCCGCCACCGCCUUUACCUAUGAAAACUCGCGAGGCUGAUUAUUGUAAUCUUCCAGAAGAAUUACCUGUUCAACACAUUGGAACAGGUAGUUUAAACAAUUUUAACCGGUCCUUAGGACAGUGGUCAAAAAAUAAACUUCCAACCCCAACAGACGAUCUUGACAUUCAAACAAAACCACCUACUCCACCACCGAAACCAAAAAGACCACCUUUCAAUUUAAACAAACUUAUGAUUUCUUCAGAUAUAGAUAAUUUUAAUCAAGACCCGUCUGUAACUUGAUUCAAAUUAGUUAAUGAUCACAUAUCUUGCCAGUAUAUUAACACGCGUGCGCACGUGUGUGUAUAUAUAUAUAUAUAUAUUUUAGU